UAUGUAGCGAAUAUUAAUUACCAGAAAUACCGUUUGUAGGAAUUCAUGGCUGAUUUCAAUCAUUUGAGACGUGUAAACUGUGGAUUGUUUACGGCUGCUUGAGAGAUACGUUCCACUACCAGGUUAAACUCCACAGGAAACGGAUCCUUAUCUGUAAAUGCGGCCUACACGCUUUCUAAGAAACAUGUGCACAUUCGUGAAGAAAAUGGAUAAACACAAAAUGAGACUAAAAAGAAUAGCUAUCAUAGGUGUGACGAUUCUGGGUGUCACGGCAAUGGUUUUCUAUUUAACCAUCGGAGAAUUACCAGCUACCAUGCUCAUCAGAAAUGUCAACACGUGGCAAGUUAAAGACACGGGUCUCACAGAGGUGAAACUGAAACGAGGAGGGUCUCAAUGGCAACAUUAUGAUGCUUCCGCUGCUCCUCCAACAAGCCUGAUAGAAGGAGGCCCCAUGCCGACCCCGGGGAAGCCAAAGCUGCUGUUGAUUGUAGCCUACCUUCGCAGUGGUUCCACCUUCACAUCCAGCCUGUUUUCCCAGCAACCAGACUCAUUCUAUGUGUUCGAGCCCCUACAUAUGGUUGUCAAAACAGUCAAAAAGCACAUGGCUCUGCGAUAUGUCAAUGGAACGGUCAGGCGUUUCCCACAGGGUAUUUCAGACAAUCCCCAGUCUCUUUUCCGAGAGUGUAUGGACCCCUGGCUUCGUUGUGCAUUUCGUAAAGUCGACACCGCUAGUCUUUUGGACAACUUCCAUUUACACUACUCAAAAUCCAUAAAACCUUUAUUAUUGUGCGUUAAACACAUCAGAUCCUUAACCCCUCUGACGAGAUAUGCAAUUAAUCACUGCAUCCGCGAAACGGUAGUGAAGUGCAUUUCAGCUAAUUUGAGGGUAAUAAAAACAAUACGUCUUUCCAUGGAGAUGGCUCACUCAUUGAUGGCAGAAAAUGAGAAUAUGAAAAUCGUACACCUUGUUCGGGACCCCAGAGCAAUGUUUUUGUCGCAGAGUAAUAACAAGCUUAUAAAAGGCAAUAAUAAAACUACAUGUAGUCAAUUUGAAAGACUGUGCACACGCAUGCGCGAUGACAUUUAUUUCACGCGCCAACUUUUAGAGGUCGGAAAUAAAAAUGUGAAACUUGUUCGUUACGAGGAUAUUGCUUUCAAUCCAAUAGAAAUGACAAAAGAGUUGUACACAUUUAUAGGUGAACCACUUACAAAAGGGCUGCUAAGAUAUGUGGCCCAAAGUACUUCUCUCAACAUGAAAGACGGUUGUCCGUUUUGCACACGGCGCGGAAAUUCUACACUAACAGCAAGCAAAUGGAGAUCUACGAUUCAUCCAGCUUUUUUGAAACUUGUGGACCAACAUUGUAAGGACCUUUUACAACCACUGGGAUACCAUUUUACAGAGGACAUCAAUUAUUUAAGAAACACUUCAUUGCCAACUUUCCAAGAGCACAUCCCUUUACUGGAACACAUAAACCUUAGUGAAAGCGCCAAAGACGUUAUAACGGAAACAUUGCGCCAUGUGUGAUUUUUCGGAAUAUUAUAUUUGUCGUGUAUGUAGAUUUAUAUCUGACAAAGAAUCCCCAGGCUACCAAACCAAUUAUUGGUUAUAUAUAUACAUACACAUGCACUGACAAAAAUGCGGAGACACCGGUCAUACGUUGGUCCCAGCGAAGCUAAUAAAUAUUUCUUUUUUAAUAUAUAUUAAGUUAUAUUUUUCCUCAUUUUGUUUUGAAUUUCCUAACAGAGAGAUGUUCAAAAUGUGGCCUUUUAGAAAAUAAUAUUCCUCAGAAAAAUGCUGUGUGCAAAAACAGGAAAACGAUAAUAUUUGAUGAAUCAGUGAUAAUUACAUUUUGUAUCAUUAUUUCAAUGCAGUGCAAGAAAUACCGUCGCUAAUUUCGUGUUGACAAUAUUAUAUCACAAAUGAUAACCUCAUUAUACAUUUAUAUCUGUUUUUAAUGUAGUUGUUAAUGUCUGUCUUCUUUUUUACCGUGCUACAGUGGCUGUGAAAUACAAUAAAAGAAUUAUAUCUACAUAUAAGAGUACAUAUAUUUAUUGACACAUACGUUUGAGGUACUUUAACAACUGCCACUAUUUAAAGAUAUAUUGUUCUGUUUUGUUAGUUCAAUUGAAGA